CUUCCUGCUGGCUUGUCCCUCCACUCUCCCAUUCAGCCUCCCUGCUCCGCACUGGACACAUCACCCAGUGAGAGAGAGACAGAGACAGAGACAGACAGGGAGAGAGACAGAGACAGACAGGGAGAGAGAGAGAGAGAGAGAGCGAGGCAGAGAGAACAUUCCAUUCUCUUGAGGAUACGCUGGAUCUUUAACCCCUUUUGCCCCCCCUCCCCCCCGACACUCCAAGAGCAGGGCUGGAAAGGUCUCGGGACGUUCAAGGAGAAGGGACAUAUAUCCAAACACCCACUUGUGCAACAACCCCACCAUGACAGACGCAGCAACCAACAUGCGGCUGAAGCUACCGCUGACCUGCAUCAUUCUAGAGGUCAUCCUCAUCAUCCUCUUCGGCGCCCUGGUGCAGUACGACCACGACACGGAUGCACGGGAAUGGCACGAGCGGGCCAAAAACCAUUCUGAUUAUGACAACGACUUCUACUACCGCUACCCGAGUUUCCAGGAUGUGCAUGUGAUGAUCUUCAUUGGAUUCGGCUUCCUCAUGACCUUCCUGCAGCGCUACGGCUUCAGCAGCGUGGGCUUCAACUUCCUCAUCGCCGCCUUCGCUCUGCAGUGGGCGACGCUCAUGCAAGGCUUCUUCCACGGCAUGCAUGGCGGCAAGAUCCACAUUGGAGUGGAGAGUAUGAUCAAUGCUGAUUUCUGCACCGGCUCGGUGCUCAUUUCAUUUGGAGCCGUGCUGGGGAAGACCAGUCCGGUGCAGCUGCUCGUCAUGGCCAUGUUUGAGGUCACCCUGUUCGCUGUCAAUGAGUUCAUCCUGCUCAGCGCUCUGGGGGCCAAGGAUGCCGGUGGCUCCAUGACCAUCCAUACGUUUGGAGCUUACUUCGGCCUGGUGGUGGCUCGUGUGCUUUACCGACCCAACCUGGACAAGAGCAAGCAGAGGAACUGCUCCGUCUACCACUCAGAUCUGUUCGCCAUGAUCGGGACCAUCUAUCUGUGGAUGUUCUGGCCCAGCUUUAAUUCUGCCAUCACCGCCCAUGGAGACGACCAGCACCGCACCGCUAUGAACACCUACUACUCCCUGGCAGCCUGCACGCUGGCCACCUACGGCCUGUCUGCCGCCACCGCCCACGAUGGCAAACUGGACAUGGUCCACAUCCAAAACGCUGCCCUGGCGGGGGGAGUUGCUGCAGGAACAGCCGGCGAGAUGAUGCUGACACCCUUCGGCUCCAUGAUUGUCGGCUUCCUUGCUGGCGUCAUCUCCGUGCUGGGCUUCAAGUAUCUCUCGCCAAUUCUGGAGGAGAAGCUGAAGAUCCAGGACACGUGCGGUGUCCACAACCUGCACGGCAUGCCUGGAGUCCUAGGGGCAAUCGUGGGAGCUGUUACUGCUGCCGUGGCAACCAAGGACGUGUAUGGAGAUGGGAUGGUGGAUGUGUUCCCUGAUGUGGCGGACGGUACAAUCAGUGCCUCAUACCAGGGCAUUCGCCAGGCCAUCUCACUGGCUGUCACGCUGGGCGUAGCCCUGCUUGGGGGACUUAUUGUGGGCUUCAUUUUGAAGCUGCCCAUCUAUGGCGCUGCUCCCGACACUAUCUGCUUUGAGGACAGCAUCUACUGGGAGGUGCCUGGAGAAGAGGGAGUUCAUGACAACCAGUUGGCCACUGUGAAGACAGAGGAGACUGAGAAACUCAACAGUUAGGCUUACAAGUUAGAGACAUCAACACACACACACACACACACACACACACACACACACACACACACACACACACACACGCGCACUCAAAUGCCAACCUCCACCACUUGAACUCCAUUCCCUGUAGCCUGUUGACUGAAGGUGGAGCAGAAGGUGGAGCUCAUAUUCGCCGUGUUGCCGGUCAGCGCUGCAGCACCCCGGUAGCUGACACGCAGCAGGAUGACGUCAUACGUAGCACCCUGACGGCAGAGAGACGCAUCAACUCUCGUGUACUUCAUUACGAGACAUGUCCGAGUGCCACAUCAUUGUGCGGUUUCCUUCAAGUGCUACACACACUGACCACUAGAGUGUGCUGUGGAGCCACUGCACACUGGUAUAGGUGAGACGACACUGACUAGACUGGAGUGGGGGUGACACAGUGUAUUCUCUUCUUCUCCAUUCUCUGUGUGUUAUUCUUAUGUUUUACCUGUGAGCUGUACGGUACACACAGGAGAGGCAGUACCGACCCACGUGGCGCACACUUUAUUGUAACGGCCGCGUAAAGCCAAAGACACCGCAGGUCCCUGUAGCCGUUAACUUAGUGAUGAUGGAAGAGCAAGUCAGCUGACAGCAGCAGCUUCACAUGUUACACCACUGCUUGUAAACACACUGGAAGUGAAGGUGUGUUAUCUUCUAGCUGUGUGCGUCACUGAGUGAGGUAGGCCGGGGGAUGUGACUUCCUGCUCCGUGUUACACUGGACGUGUUUAGCUACAAUAGAGAUGCUAAUGUUCUUCAUUUGUGAACGUUUACAUGCCCCGCCUGUUGGCACCGCCCACAUACACCUGAGACCCGUGACGUGAUGUGGCGAGGGAGCGAGCUCUACAUGCAUGUCUGGAAAGUAAACAGUAUCAGUAGGCGAAAUGUGUUUUUGGCAAAAUAAACAUUU